AUCGGCUAGACUUAAGAUACAUGGUUAUCAUCACGCCACCCUACCACAAAACUAGGCAAUUCAACCUGGAAGAUCAAUGGGAGCUAAGUAAGACAUGCAUUGUGUGUACGUGGGAGAUCAUACCAACAGAGAAAGAUCCAGAUCCAGAUCCAGAUCCAGAUGAACUCUCACCAUCAUCAUAAACAUGGAAGAAAUAACGGCGGCGGUGGCAAAACAUGGAGGAGCCCCACGACGGUGGCAACCGCAUCAGUGAUUGGUGUCUGCAUUAUUGCUGGUUAUCUCAUCGGACCGCCUCUCUAUUGGCUCCUCUCCGCCACUGCCGCCGCUUCUUGCCCUCCUUGUUUCUGUGAUUGCACUCUUAAACCUCUCCUUUCCCACCAAAAUGGUACAUAAUAUAACUUGUACAUAUUGAUAUAUUUAUGUGUAUCUGAUCUGCAUUUGUAAUUGACAUAUAGCCUCAACUUUCUUCUACUUCUGCAUUCCAUGCAGGUUUACUGAAUGUCACUUCUUUCAUAGAUUGCAUGGAGCAUGAUCGGACGGAGGUGAGGGAGGGAGCAGAGAGGAAUUUCACAAGACAAUUGGUUGAGGAACUUCACCAACGGGAAGGUGAAGUGCAUGAAAUACAACAGAAGGCAGAGCAAGCACUUCUAGAGGCUAAGAAGUUGACUUCCCAAUACCAGAAAGAGGCAGAAAAGUGCACUUCAGGGAUGGAAACCUGCGAGGAAGCGCGGGAGAAAGCUGAAGCGGUGUUAGAGGCACAAAGAGAGGUUAGUUCAAUGUGGGAGCUCCGGGCUCGGCAAAAAGGAUGGAAAGAAAGCCACUUGGCUGCUAACGUUCAAAGUAUCAAAGCUGCUCUUGAAGGAGAGGAUUCAGCAACUAUGGCUGUCACUGAUUUAUAGAACCCCUGUUCUUUUAGUGGAUUUACAUUUUUGGUCAUUUGAGACAUGAAAACGGUUCGACAAAGGAGCAAGCAACUAUGGCUGUCACUGAUUUAUAGAACCCCUGUUCUUUUAGUGGAUUUACAUUUUUGGUCAUUUGAGACAUGAAAACGGUUCGACAAAGGAGCAAGCAACUAUGGCUGUCACUGAUUUAUAGAACCCCUGUUCUUUUAGUGGAUUUACAUUUUUGGUCAUUUGAGACAUGAAAAAGGUUCGACAAAGCUGCUCCGGGCUCGUUUUUUUGGCCUUGAAGAACACAGUUUAGAAUGUUUGGUCGUUCCGAGGCCUGGUGCUAAACUGUUAACGUGAUAAUAUUACCAAUUUCUUUUAAAUGCUAAAUAGCCUGACUUGUUUCUAUUUAUUGUUCAUAAGUUAUAACAACGUAUUUUGUCUUAACAACGUAUUUUGUCUUUUGAAUUUCAUAAUUUCCUUGGAUAUU